AUGAAUAAGAAUAUGUAAAUUGUUAUUAGUAGCAUUUUUGCUAUUUGCGGACUUAUUGCUUCACAAAAAUUCCUUAGAAGAUUCCGAAGAUAUAUAGAUUUAGUAUUUUAUGGAAGAGUAAAUACAUUUCCUCUCACUUUGAGCGAAUCUAAAGAAUUUUUAUUAGAAAACCCAUAAUCAAAAUAUUUAUACCUAACUGGACAUAUUCUGCCAGCAGAUUAAUAAUAGACAAGGUUUCUUCAACUUUAAUGUGGUACUAAAGAUAAUUUGGAAUUUAAAGUAAAUGAAUUUUAAUUGCUAGAUAUUCAACAUAACGAAAGAAAGAAUAUUAAAAUAAAUGGUGACAGCAUUUUGCUACGUGGAUUAUUCGACUAUUCAAAAUCUUACUUAUAUUAAUAGGAAAACAUGUCAUUCAUAAAAAAAAUUUUAAAUAAAAUACCUAUCCUAAAUAAAAAAUCUAGAAUAGUUGAAACUCAUAAAGGAGUUUAAUUUGGAUAGUUCACAACUAUGUUAUGUGAAAAAAAUGGAGAUAAUUUCAAUUUAUUGUAUCUCUCCAAUUAUAAUUACAACAAUAUAUACAAUCAGAUUCACAAAGAUAUGUUUAAUGCUGCCACUGUAGCAUAGCUUUUAUUUAUUCUAGUAAGCUUUUCAUAAUUGAUAUAUUUAAUUAUUUAAAAGCUGUAAUAGAAAAAUGAUGAAAUUUAGCCUUUAGAUCAACUAGGUCCACCCGUAUUUAAAAAUUCUAUUAGUGUUGUUCUAAACAGUCAAAAUGACUAGGACAUAUGUGUUAUAUGUCUAACAAGAACGAGAAGUGUAAUACUGGAACCUUGUCUUCAUUUUAUUUUAUGCUAAGAUUGUGUGAAUCAGUUAGAUAAAGAUAUCUGCCCAUUUUGUAGGAUUAAAAUAGAAAAAAAAAUAAAGGUUCUAUAUAAUGAAUGA